GAAUGGUGACUUAACUCUCCUUUUGUGUCUAAAGAAGAAAGUCAUACGGGUUUGUAACUGAGGGUAUAAAAAGUAUAAAUACAAUUUUGGGGUGAGUUUUUGCUUGAAAUUGAACGCAGUUUCCAAACAGCUCCACUAGAUGGAGAUUGCGUUCCAGCUUGUUUUGAGUCCGCCAGCCUUGCGCAGAAGGAGGCCGGUUAGCCAAUCACAUGCAAUGCAGAAAAGAACAUUUUAACUGGCAUAAAUGUUCUAUCUCUGCAACGUUGUCACUGUAUCAAAAGUGUGUCGUUGCCAUGGAAACUGAGGGUAAGGUGAUCGAGUGCAAGGCAGCAGUGGCCUGGGAACCAGGAAAAGCACUCUCCAUUGAGGAGGUGGAGGUUGCCCCUCCCAAAGCACAUGAAGUACGAAUUAAGAUAGUAGCAUCUGGAGUAUGCCACUCAGAUUGGGCUUACCUGUAUUAUGUUGCUCAGAUGAAGCCACGGCCUUUUCCUUUGAUCCUGGGACAUGAAGGGGCUGGGAUUGUGGAGAGUGUUGGUCCAGGUGUCACAAAGGUAUCUAAAGGAGAUAAAGUCAUUCCUCUGUUCCUGCCACAGUGUGGACAGUGUGAACGCUGCCUGAGUCCAAAGACAAACCUCUGCACCAAAGACUGGGACAAAACUCAACAGGGUGUUCUUGCAGAUGGCACCAGCAGGAUCACCUGCAAGAAUCAGCAGAUUUACCAGUUUAUUGGUGUCAGCACCUUCUCUGAAUACACCGUUGUGCCAGAGGACAAUGUCACCAAGAUUCACCCAGAUGCUCCAUUGGACAAAGUCUGUCUGCUGGGCUGUGGAGUGUCUACAGGAUAUGGAGCAGCAGUGAACACAGGCAAAGUAGAAUCUGGCUCUACAUGUGCGGUGUUUGGUUUGGGAGCUGUUGGACUGGCAGCUGUCAUGGGAUGCAAGGCUGCUGGUGCUUCCAGGAUCAUCGCUGUAGACAUCAAUCCAGACAAGUCUGAGAUCGCCAAGACUUUUGGAGCAACUGAGUUUGUGAACCCUAAAGACCACAGUAAACCCAUUCAGGAGGUGCUGAGGGAGCAGACUAAUGGUGGCGUUGACUUCUCUCUUGAGUGUGUGGGGAAUGUGGGAGUAAUGAGGGCUGCUGUGGAAGCGUGCAGUCCUGCAGGGGGAAUCUGUGUGAUUGUGGGUUGGAUUGAGGUGGAGGAACUUUCUCUGGCCCCCUUGGAUAUCCUACUAGGAAGAACUCUGAAAGGCACUUAUUUUGGAGGUUGGAAGAGUGUUGAGGCGGUGCCCAGACUUGUUCAAGACUAUAUGAGCGGGAAGCUUCUGCUGGAUGAAUUUGUGACACACAGACUGACUCUAGAUCAGGUUAACCAGGCCUUUGAUCACAUGAUCACUGGGAAAAGUAUCCGGACAGUGAUUGAGAUGUGAAAUGGAGAUGAUUCUCAAUAUCCUUCAAACAACUCAAGUAUUUUGGUCCCUUUUCACUGCCUGUAUGUAUUGGCUAAAUUACACAGGCACAGCGAAUUAAAGGUGCCAAAGGAAAGGAGAAGUCACAUUCACUGAAUAAAGCGUUGCUUGUUUUUUUGUCUAUUGUCUCUAGGAGAAUACAGAGACCAUGUCUGUUAUGAUCAGAAACUGUUCCACACAAUAAAGCCAAGUUUGUUGAAUUUGA